GCCACAGGACGGGUUAUGUUUCCCACUUUCAUCGGAAUCCUAGACAUUCAAUCGUGGUGGGAGGUGCCAAGUAUAGCACACUUCUGCUCAUUAUUUAGGGCUGCCUUCAAUCUUCUGGACUUUGAUAUUGAGGAUUUAGAAGAAGCUUUAUUAACGGAUGGUGGAACUGAGGGACGCUUAGUGCAGGAGCUGAUAGUUAGGUUACUUGAAGGUUGUUUACCUAAUGACACCCGCAAUGACAUUUCCACCUUUAACUAUCAGAUGUUUCUUCGUAGACUCUUUCGAAAGAAAUGUCAGGAGUAUAAAUGUGAGAAUCCUUUUAAUACAGAUGUAGAUUUCGAGUUGUUGCCUCUUCGUCAAAAGGUUGAAAUCCUACGUGCUCUCUGCGACUUCAGGCUUGACGCUGAAGACGUGGAGCAAUCAUUAAGUAAUUUGGACUCGGAUAGCCUGCGAGUCGAACCUUUAGGACAUGAUCGUAAGAAUUCUGCCUACUGGUACUUUUACGGCACUCGAUUAUAUAGGGAGGACUACAUUGAUACUUCUAACAGCAUCUCAUACAAACCGAAAAGUAAACCUAGGGAUAAAAAGCGUAAAAGACGACGAAACAGAGUGGCGAAGGCGGAAGAGGAAGAGGAGGAGAAGAAGGAAGACAGUUUAAUACACGGGGAAGGGAAAGAAAGUGUUUGGCAAGUUGUCUGCUUUACUCAGCAGGAUUGGAGUCGUCUAGUUGAAAAAUUCCGUGAUUCGGAGUACGAUACCGAACGUAAGCUUUACCGUACUCUAUCCGAGGAUUUCAUGCCCGAAAUCCCCAAACUUUUCGAUUUAAAAGAGAAACAGCAAAGACGCAAAUUAUUACAACGUAAUAGUUCGCGAGUUCUUCGAAGUCACGAACCCACGACACAGAUGGAAACAGUCAUGGUUAGAUCGAAGAUCAAAACUAAAACAAACAAAGGGAGUAAAAAGGGGACUCAGAAUUCAAAGAAUGUUUAUGUUAAAGAGGAGACACCUCCACCCUUACCUUCACCGCCGGUUCAAAAGAAAGGACGGCAAACUAAUAAUUCAUUGGCUUCAGCUGUUGGUCAGAUUGUGAUUCACACUAGAGAUGAAAUGGAAGGGUUAGAAAAGAAGAAAGGCAUUGGAAGUAAUAGUGAUGGACAUUAUGUGUCUUCUAAUUAUGGAUAUAAGUAUGGGUAUUCGUUUGGAAUUGAGGAAGAAGAACGUCGAGUUGGAAUGCAUAAGGUUCUUGAAAGUCUGAAGGAUCAUGUGGAUGCUUGGCCAUUCGUUGAUCCGGUGGACGAAGAAUAUGCCCCAAGGUACUAUAGCGUGGUACGAAAACCUAUGGAUCUUAGUACAAUGGAAGAGAAACUCGAAAAUGGUUUAUAUAAAAGUUUAAGUGAAUUUAAACGUGAUUUUCGACUUAUAGUAGAUAAUUGUAGGCAAUACAAUGGCUCCGAUAAUGAGUAUACAGAAAUGGCAUUCAAUCUUAGGGAAGCUUUUGAUAAAGCUGUGAAUCGUUAUUUGGAAUCAGAAACAUCUAGCGACGAGGAUCCUUCGUCACCGAAAUCAUUUCUUGCUGCUCCUGCAUCUCCAUCGUGUCCUUCUCGCGUUUCAUCUCCGCAUCAAAAUAGAAAACGUUCGAAAAAGUCCACUAAAAAGUCGAAAUCAUACAAAUCAGAAAGUAAAGGAAAGUCCAAAUCGAAUGAUAAGAAUGAUGAGGAAGAGAAACGAGGGAAAAAUUAUAAGCUUCCGAAGAAAAAGAGAGGGAAGAAAAAAAGUAAAAGGGCAAAAGACGAAGAAUCUGUGAACGAGGAAGAGCAAAAAGAACAAGAGAGCGAGGAUGCCAUCUCUGAAUCAAGUAUUGUUACGUCCAAAAGAAGAAAACACGUUGACGGGAAUAAUUUAUUGUUAAAAACCAAAAAGCUGUCAUCCAAAGAAUCGGAGGAGUUUAAGAAGAUAGAUAAAAAAAUUAGUAAAGAACGUCAUCAACAAAAGAAAGAAGCGGAAAGUGUGCGGCCGAUAAAGGAAACGAAAGAGAAUAAGAAGCGAAAAGAAGACUUCGAGGAAGAUUACGAGCCCCUAGUCAUCGCGAAAAGUAAAAGUAGAAAAAUCGAAAAGAAAGAACUCGAAGAGACCGAAAUAUUUACGGACAAUGCAAAGAAGAACAAAGUGAAGAAAAAUGAAUCACACGAAGAGGAAGUACCGCAGGAAAAUAAGGACAAGUCACAGCAUAUCAAAGUUAAGAAAAGUCGGAGAAAGGAAAAAACGGGGUUGAAAGUUUUAAAAUCUGACGAGAAGUUUGAGAAGAGCCGUGCAAAGGACAAAGAGAAAAAAUCAAAACAGAAAAACGAUGAACUAAAAAAUGGCGAAAUAUCGAGUGAAAUAGAUUCCAAAGAUUUAGAUCUAGAAAGUAAUGUAGAUUCAAAAGAAACCAAUAUGUCUAAGAAAAUUCCUGCAUUUAUAGGUGAUAAAGAUAUAGAAUCGUUGGACGGUUUAAAGGAUAAGAUAAGCGAAAGACGACGAGAGGAAAAGUUGAAAAAUGAGAAAGAGAAACAGAAGAAAACAGUGAAAAGCGACCUUCACAAUAUGUAUUCAAAAAAAGUGCCUUCAAAUGGUAGUACCUUUCACGACAGCGAUAAAGCCAGCGCGAAACGACCAAAGUUAAAAAAAGGAAUAAAAGAAGAAAAAGUUCCUACCAUGGAAGAUCCUGUCAAGACUCAAGACCAAGAAGUCACCGAGACUAAGAAAGUAAAAGUAGUUCAGACCAAGCAUACCAAAGGAUUUGGAAAAGAAGAAAGUUCGAUACAAGCAUUAAAUCAGGCAACAGAGCAAACACUUCAUGAUAUCAACAAAUGGUUAGAUGACGCACCAAGACUAUCUGAAUUUUCUUCAGGGAGUGAUUCACCAAUAUUUCAUUCUUCGUCCGUUGAAUCUGGUCGGGCAGGUCCAAAAGUAGAAGCACCAAGAAAACGACCAAGUUCUAUUAAAAUUUUCGGUCCCCACGGACCUAGCAGACCAAAAAAAAUUCAACGUACAAUAGAUCGUUUGCAACCUGGAAAAAGUAAGGGAAAUUUACUCCUGAAGAAACCGUUGAACUUGCCUAACUCUAACACCACCGAAACGGCGGUGCAAUUGACCAGUGAUAACGAUCAAACGAACAAGAGCACGGACGAAGAACCAAAACUUAGUCUAGGAACUGUCUUGAAAAACGUGGAUUCCAUACAGUUAAUUUGUAAGAGCUUAGUUUCGUCGCCUAAUCCUAAUUUAUCGAAUGAUGACGAAGAAGAAGACCACAAUACUCUUCCUGCAAUUCCGGUGUCUAGUCUUAAAGAAGAAAAAUCGUCCGGUGUAACGGUGGCACAAACACCUGUCGUAGAAGAGUCUAAAGAUAACCAAUCUAGUGUAAAGGACACACAAAAGCCAAAAGCAGCGACACCUAAUUUGAGUGCGUGGUUCAAAGCGUUCGGGGCUCCGAAAUCGAAAAAGAAAGAUGAGGAAUCAGAGGACGGUAUGGUGAAGAAAGAUGGUGAGUUGCAGGAAGUGUUUUGUGGUAGACAAAGAAGAAUGAGUACCGGUGGUAGUAGUGUAAGCGAGUCUGUUUCGAGUUUCUCUCAAGAAUCACCACCUGGACGUUCAGGUCGGUCUCCGCAAGGGCAGCCUAUAAUAGCAUCGGUCGAACCACAAAUAAGAGGAGCUGGAUUUUAUCAGGACGCUUUAUCGACGGGAAGUAGUCCGUACAAUAGCCCUUAUUAUGCUACACCUCCAAGAUACAGCGCUCAGUUGCCGCCCACUCCAUCACCACAAAACCAUCCUCUGUCUCCAGCUUAUCCAUCGUCGUCUUACGAGCAGGCACCUCUUUACUCCCAGGUACCACAACAACAGACCCAACAGUCACAUCAAACGUUUCAAAAAUCACCUCAGGAGAAUUCUGGGGAUGUAUAUCAUCAGUUAUCACCUACGUUUCCACAACGUUCCCCGCAAACUAAUUUCCCACAAAAUUCAACCCAAAACGAACCUUACAAUCAACAGUUGCAAUCAUCUAAUCAAAGUCAAUCUCCUGUUUAUUCGCAGCAUUCACCGCAACCGAUCCAACAGGUAUAUCCUCAGCCGUCUCCCCAGCCACCACCGUCGAAUUAUUCGCAACCAUCGCCGCAGCAACCAGCCACAGCCAAAUAUUCACAACUCUCUCCGCAGCAGAACGCUACCAAUUACUCUCAACCAUCGCCACAAGCAUCCAAUUAUUCUCAAGCUUCGCCUCAGCAGCCACAUUCACCUUACUCUCAAGCUUCUCCUCAACCUCCUCCGAAUUACUCUCAACCAUCUCCGCAACAGCAACCUUCUCCAUAUGCACAAUCUCCGCAACAAUCAUCCGGAUAUUCUCAGCUCUCCCCUCAGCCACCUUCGAAUUAUUCUCAACCCUCGCCUCAACCACCUUCUACUUAUUCUCAACCUUCACCACAACCACCUUCCAAUUAUUCCCAACCUUCGCCUCAACCGCCUUCUAAUUAUUCCCAACCUUCCCCUCAACCGCCUUCCAAUUAUUCCCAACCCUCGCCUCAACCACCUUCCAAUUAUUCCCAACCCUCGCCUCAACCACCUUCCAAUUAUUCCCAACCCUCACCUCAACCACCUGCCAAUUAUUCUCAGCCAUCACCCCAACCACCUGCCAAUUAUUCUCAGCCGUCACCCCAACCGCCUCCUGUAUAUCCACAGCAGUCUCAGCCUGCAAACUUCUCCCACCCCUCACCCCAAACGCAUUCUACCGGUUACGCGCAAUCCUCACCUCAACCUCUCACAGCAGCUUACUCCCAAUCUUCUCCACAGCCGCGAAAUUAUUCUCAGCCAUCGCCACAACAAAUACAAACUUUUCCUCAGCACUCCCCACAAGCACCUCAGUCCUCCUAUUCUCAAUCCUCACCACAAAACACGUCAUACUCUCAGCCAUCGCCGCAACAACCCGUCAAGUAUUCUCAGCCUUCUCCCCAGCAGCCUGCUAAUUACUCUCACUCGAUACACUCACCUCAAACACCUCAAAACUACUCGCAGAUGUCUCCCCAGCAAGCACCACCUAGUAAUUACUCACAGCCUUCGCCGUCGCCUCAACAAUCGCGUAAUUACUCUCAGCCAUCACAGUCACCACAACAAUCCCGUAAUUAUACUCAACCAUCACCGUCACCCCAACAGUCUCACUACUCGCAACCAUGUCCUUCGCCUCAGCAAACCCGCAAUUACUCCCAGCCAUCGCCUCAACAAAAAUCCUCUGUGUGCGCGUCACAGUCAUCGCAGCAACAGCAGCCCUCAAGUUACUCGCAGCCGUCUCCACAGCAGCAGAGUACAAAUUAUAGUCUGCAACCGCCAUCUUCACAGACGAAGAACACCGAAAAUUAUCCUCAGACUGCGACAACACCUUCGAACUACUCCCAUGGAUAUAAACAAAAUCAUUCUUAUAUACAAUCUUCAACAGCACCACCGUCGACGAUUAGCGAAACGGAACAUCGAACGGAUUAUCUUAAGUCCAGUAGUGGUGAAAAGCCUUCAACAACGGAACAGCAGAGAAAUUUCACUGUACCACCUGAGGCGGCAUCGUUAAAUCUGAACACUAACCACCAGAUAUAUCAGUCGCCGAAUCAGUACUCGCCAACGUUCGGUAAUAAUUAUCCGAAUAUCGAUCUUCAGAGGUCCGUCUCGAGGCACGGCAGUCAAGAGCAGACACAGCAACAACAACAAUCGUCCCAGGAACGGGCAAGCUUUACCGAUCUCAGCAAUUCUCUGAACGCUCAAAAGUACGCUCAGCAACGGUCGUUCCUUGGUAAAACAACAAGCACAAGUGAGCAGUUGUCGACGCAGGACCAGUCGCAAAUAUUAGCAUUCCAGCAAAACCUGACUGCGCACGAAUCCCUCUAUCCUAGCGGUUUUCAACCGUCCGGAUACCCAAUGCCAAAUUCCAGACCGGUGUAUCCCAGUCCGCACUAUUUCGACGCAAGCUCGAAGGGUGGCGCCAGUAGCGGGGCAGCGAAUUCUUCGACCAGUAAUUUGCAACCGGUGAAGAAACGCAUUUACAAUGAAUCGUCCACCGAGGCGUCUCGAGGUUUGACACAAGAGACCGCAGCGAGAACAAGCCAAGAGCAAUUCGGUUUCGAUCCUAUAAUGGCGUUACCGCAACCAGAGGCAGUCUCAGCUAGUCAAUUUGACGCCGCGUUUGUUGGGACCUUGGCCGAUUCUGUGGCAACGAAUCCAGCGUAUGCUCGAUUAGGUCUGGGUCUGGUGGGUCGUUCAAGUAAAGAGCAGCAACAACUGUUGACUAUUCCACGGCCGCCACCAACGAAACCGGAACACCUGGCGUACGCGCGCAGUCCAGCAUCUGGAGCUGCAGAGCUAGAUCUAAAUCUACUUCAAAGUUUACAAACGGCAGCGGCAAAAAACUCACAGGGUAUCUUGUCGAUGUCGUCUCGUAGAGGUGGAGAAACAUCGGCAGCCAGUUCUACGUCAGCGCCAGUGAAAACGAAGAAGAGCAGGAAAAGCAAACAGCAACAGCAAGAGCAGCAGAACGUUGCAAGUGUUUCGUCGGCGGUUAGUACCGAAACGCAAUCUAGCUCCGGUAUACCCGGUUUCCCGCAAUACACAGGAACAUCCGCUGAUUCGAUCAGUUUGAAGAACACCACCAUGGUGCCACCAGCUGGAAGUGCCUUCAACUUCGCCGCAUCUACCAGCACCACGACCAGUUCACCGUUCUACGAUAAGGACGCAACAGCUGCUGCGGCGGCGUUCGCAUUUCUAGAUGAAUUUCGAAAUCCAAACAGUUACUACAGUAUGGCAUUGAGACAACAACAACAGCAGCAGCAACAACAAGUGCCACCAGUCACGGACACCACGCAGCAAGCCUGUAACAAGCUGAGCAAUCAACCACCACGAAACUAUCCGCCUCAUCCUUUCCUUCAUUCUGCUCAGAGAUCAGCUGCUUACGGUCCACCGGUGUCGGCUUAUGUGACACCUCACGGGCCAAAUUUAACGAUGGACCCAACUGCCUAUCAACAGUACAUUCAUUCCUUGUACGCGCUUCAACCGCCGCCGCAUCAUCAUCGACCGUCCUGGCUUUAG